UGGAUUUCAAAGACGCGUUCGGUUUGGAACAAUAAAUAGAGCGAACAAGGGUCCUUCUAGUUCACAAGUCUGAGAAGACGCAUGAAGAAGUUCUUGCUUCAACAGUGAUUGAACGGAACUCCUCUGCCUUCGUCCCGCAUUAUAGAACAUUAAGGAUUAAUGACAUAGCACUUACUUUAACUAUAAUAGCAAUAUAGUUUAAACUCUAUUUUUGUACUUUUUAUUUUGAUAUAAAAUAAAAAAUCUGCCAAGAUGGAGUCUCAGAUCCGCCAGAACUAUCACCACGAUUGCGAAGCUGCCAUCAACCGGAUGAUCAACUUGGAGAUGUUUGCCUCCUACACCUACACUUCAAUGGCUUUCUAUUUCUCCCGUGACGAUGUGGCUCUGCGAGGCUUCGCGCAUUUCUUCAAGGAGAACAGCGACGAGGAGCGGGAGCACGCGGACAAGCUACUCUCCUUCCAGAACAAGAGAGGUGGACGCAUUUUACUCCAGGACAUCAAGAAGCCAGAACGUGAUGAGUGGGGCAAUGGGCUGGAGGCCAUGCAGUGUGCUCUGCAGCUGGAGAAGAAUGUGAACCAGGCCCUGCUGGACCUGCACAAGAUUGCCUCUGACAAGGUUGACCCCCAUCUGUGUGACUUUCUGGAGACCCAUUACCUGAAUGAGCAGGUGGAGGCCAUUAAGAAGCUGGGAGACCACAUCACCAACCUCACCAAGAUGGAUGCUGUCAAAAACAAGAUGGCAGAGUACCUGUUUGACAAGCACACCCUGGGAGGCCAGAGCUAAACCACUUCCAUCCCCAGGCUACGGCCUCAUGCCUCAGACCAGGACUCCUGGCUUCUCUGAUAGAUCCUCCUGGCUUUGCUUUUAUAAGGAUGGGAGAGUGUUAAACUGGUGAAUUGCAACACUGCUGUGACAUUGUUUCUGUUGACAACACUACUGUAUUUUGGAGGCAAGGCUUGUAAAACAAUAAAAAAUAUCACGUAA